UCCUUUCAGUCACCUGCUGAAAGGAGGAGCAAGCCGCGAUGAACGAACUGAAGGUUGAAGGCGCAGGAAGACAGAGACAUUCGGGCAGCUUAACAAGCGAAACCGAACCCGCUACUUAAAGCUGUAAGAUAACGAAUUGUCCACUAGGUGGCCGUACCUACGGAGGCUCGCGUGUCCCGUCAACCCCGGCGCUCGGGGCGGAAGACGGCGCGGAGGUGACUCUCUGGCCCUCAACGCCGCCACUCGCCUGCCCCGACUGACGUUGGGCAACAAAGAUGGCGGCGGGAACCAGCAAUUACUGGGAAGAUCUCAGGAAACAAGCUCGACAGCUGGAAAAUGAACUUGACCUGAAACUAGUUUCCUUCAGUAAACUGUGUACGAGUUACAGUCACAGCAGCACCCGGGACGGAGGACGGGAUAGGUAUAGUUCUGACACAACACCCCUAUUAAAUGGAUCAAAUCAAGACAGAAUGUUUGAGACAAUGGCAAUCGAAAUUGAACAGCUUUUGGCAAGGCUUACAGGGGUGAAUGAUAAGAUGGCAGAGUACAGCAGCAGCGCGGGGGUCCCCUCGCUGAACGCAGCGCUCUUGCACACGCUGCAGCGGCACAGGGACAUUCUGCAGGAUUAUACACAUGAAUUCCAUAAAACCAAAGCAAACUUUAUGGCAAUACGGGAAAGGGAGAAUCUCUUGGGAUCAGUACGAAAAGAUAUUGAGUCAUAUAAAAGCGGGUCUGGAGUGAACAAUAGGAGAACUGAACUGUUCUUGAAAGAACAUGACCACCUUCGAAACUCUGAUCGUCUCAUAGAAGAAACAAUAAGCAUUGCUAUGGCAACAAAAGAAAAUAUGACUUCACAGAGAGGAAUGCUCAAGUCAAUUCACAGCAAAAUGAACACUUUGGCCAACCGCUUUCCUGCUGUGAACAGCCUGAUACAAAGGAUCAACCUUAGGAAACGACGAGACUCGCUCAUCCUUGGAGGUGUCAUUGGCAUCUGUACCAUCCUGUUGCUGCUGUAUGCGUUCCACUGAGAGGAUGCUCCCAGGACUCUGCCCACCACCUUCAAGCCCUGACCUGGAGUGGGGAAUGUAGGAAGGAAAGCUUGUCCUGGCCGUGAGCCCGCCAGCCAGAUGAAUUCUCAACUGCACCCAUGGCUCUGACCUGGUCGGACUGAGCUGAAGCCACAGUUUUUCUCUGCUGUCUUUUCUAAUACACAUUACUCUGUUUUUAAUUUUGAAAACAACAACAACAAAAGGUUUCAGUUGCUUGUUUCUCUCUAGGAGGUAAGCAAGCAGAAGCCAAACCUGGGCUUCGGUGACUGGGGAAGCCUGAUGACCAGCAGGCCUCAAAGCUGGACUCCUCACAGCACCAGGCUCUCCACAUCCAAAGAUGGCAUUGCUUUCAGCCACGAGAUUGGAUGUAAAUAAAAAUAAUUCUUGUCCUUUUAUUUAACAUUUGUGAUGAGAAAUCAGCUGUGACUUGGAUUCUAUUCUGUGUCCCUAACUCUUGGCAGUCAAGAAAAGUUCCAUUUCCCACCGAAUCUGUAAGAGUUGAUAGGCCAGCUUCAUGUUGAGGUCUGAAAUGGAAAGCACUGAGAAAGGGUGUCUUCUCUCUUCAGCCCUGAGCAUGGGUCAGCUGUACAACUGAAUACAUCAGAAUGGCAGGCCUUGUAAAAGGAGCUGGUCGUUGCUUUAUUAUUUCUUCCAUUGGGUUAAUAUUUGCUUCUACAUGAUAAAACUGCAUUUCAGUGACAAACAGCCAGUGUCUGUCAUUGCCCUAGUGGUCCCUCACCAUGUGAAGAUUAACCCCAGGACCUGAGGGAGGGACCGAGCUUGAUGGCACUGGAACCCUGCCCUGUGCACAUCUAUUCAUUCCUCCUCUGUUAGGCCCCUCCCUACUCGCAGGCCAUGCCACGGUGUCACCAUUGAGGUAUAUUGUGCCCGCCUCCUACCUACACCUGACUGCUACCUGGACAGUGACAGAGUUGUAAUGCUUUUCAGGUUAGCUGUAUCUCAGCAUCGGUAAAUUGGUAACGUCUUACUGCACCAGCGGAUAUUUUAAAGACCUCCAGUGUGUGCUUACGGAGAGAGAAGGCUCUGGCCCCACCGGGAUGUCCUCAGGCACACUGUCCGUGGCAGUGAGAUAGUAGAGUGUAGCUCCCCACACCGUGGUGUGAGGGUGGUGCCGCUCGUGGGCAGGCUGACCAAGAGGUCAUUCUGCUGUUGAAGUGUUAGUACAUUCUGGGUAUGAAAGGCAUUUGAUAUAUUUUUCUUAAUUAUGGGGUUUAUUUUUCUAAAUAUGGGUUAAUCAGCUUCUUGACUGGGCAUGUCCUUAAAAGGAAAUUAAAUCCCCUCUGUGGACCUUAAGAAUCAGGGAAUUUGAUUUGUUAAAGUCUCUUUGGGAGAACAGAACUUCUCUUCCCUGACACUUUAUUAUCUUUGAUUUUUUUCAAAGGGCCUUGAUUGGCGGUUGUGCCUCAGCUAGACUUUAUGGGACUUUGGUUGUUCUAUAGUGGGCUUAUAUAAAAAUCUGAAGUAUCGUAAAUAAAGUUAUUUAUUUAAAUAUACUGCCAGUCUUUUCUACUGGUUUGCUUACUUGUUUCAGUCACUAAAGCUGAUGAAUGAUCCUAAGCUAGGACAUGGCCUGGCUCGUUGCCCUAGGCCACAGCACAGCAGCUGAAGGCAGGUGGACUUUCGCCAGGAGGCAGUGCUCAGAUGAACACAUACAAUUAUGUUGCUUGUAGGUGCUGGGGACAGGAGUCUGACUAACCUCCCAGUGUGCUGCCCAGAGGGGGGCUGCCCUCCCCUUCCGGUUCCGCCCUGCAUGGGACCCUGUGAUUGCCAACUGGAACUUCAGUUUUAAGACAUUCAACUUUUUUUCAAGUUUAUUUCUCUUAUUUUGGGCUAUCCUUACAUACCCAGUUUUCAGGCUUAGGAGUUGGCUGUUAAGAAUUUCUGGUCAGAGCCUGAGGUAAGAGGAUUUUUUGAUUUGUGAUUCCCAAUGAAAUGUUUCUUAGGAAAGAUUUGUUUCCUUAGCCAUUGUUUUUUAUAGAAUACUUUUGAAAACUAGUUUUAGUAACCAUUCAGAACUUCCCACUUCGCUAAAAAAAAUAUGAAAAAUGGAAACAACAGAAAAUUCUAGGUUAAAGUCUUGGAAUUCAAGUGUUCGUCUUGAGAGCAUCUCACGGUUUAGCCCUGGCUGGCCUUGAACUCCUGCCUCAGCCUCCUAAGAACUUUGGACUGCUGCUCCCUGAUACGUACCACCAAGCCUGGCUCCAGACAGCAGAUUUCUCCAGUUUGUCUUUGGUACACCAGUGACUUAGUGAGGAUGUGCAGCACAUUGUUGCUGAGGUCAGGCGUGGUGAUCACCAGCCUGGCCAUGUGGUCUGUAAUCAUGCCGAAGGGUUCUCUGCCACCCACACUCCUCACCUGUUGUUUUUCCUUCUCCUUGCUACCAACAUUUACUUUGAUUGAGAAUGUCUUUUUUUUUUUUUUUUUCUUUUUCCUGGUCCUCAGAUUAGAUGUGUGUAUUCAGAUCACCAUGGGGACAGGUAAGGAAGACCUUCUCUUGAACCUGAGUGCUUCCAUGUUGGCUGUGGGCAUGUGAAUGGAAAGCAUACUCGCUGGUCUGACACAGUGACCUUGGGCCCUGUAGAGUUGAGGUACCUUGACCUUUACUCCAUUACUGCCCUGUCUCAUCGCCUGAGGGAGUGGCUUCUAAGAACAGGCCCAAUCUAAUAGUUUAUCUUCCAUCUUUGUCUAGAUAAGAUUUUUGGAAAUUCAUUGAGUACUUGACUUGUAAUGUUAGGUUGUUGAGAUAAAUGACUGUGCCCAAGUCAUCUGUAGCAAAUGUGACAGAGCAAACGUACCUUCUCAAAUGAUUGAAUGUGCGCUAUUCUCCUUUUACAGUAGGAGUCAUUAUUUGGCCUUGUCUCCAAAAAGAUGUAAAAUUUCCCACUGUGGUCUCAAACUCGUCCAUUCUUGUGUGUGCCCGAAUGCCCCUUUCUCGGGGUGAUCUGCAACAAGAAGCAAGGUCUGAGCAUGAUAAUCUGGGGGAGACGCUGGGACAGCUGAGCCGUGUCUCAAGGGAUCUUUUAAAAAAUAUAUAUAUAUAUGACCUAAAAUCAUCGUACCAAAAUAUUUGUACCAUCUCCUAGUAACUUUCAGAGAUGGAGAGAAUCAGUUCUAAUCACAUUUAUCCGGAUGGAAGAUGAUUCCUCAUGAAAAAUGCCAAUACAGAUUUCUUUUUAAUCUCUUCUUUUCCAAAUGCACUUUCUAAUUUUUUGCUUUUAAAAUAGCUUCUUGGAACCAAUAUUAUUGUAUUUGUACUUAAUUUUUGUUCUCAUCUAAAUGUGCAUUUUCUGACUGUAUAGAAGAAACUUUGUUAUAUAAUUUAAUAAAUUAAAUAUCUAAAUA